CCUCCCGGCCCCGUAGGCGCGGGCCCCGCGGCGGCAGAGGCAGAGAGAGGCCCCGGCCCCAGGCCCCCAGCGGCGGCUGCGAAGGCGCUGCGCCCCCUCCCCGUCCCCCUCCCCCUUCCCUCUCCCCACCCCUACCCCGGCCCACCCGCCCGCCCCCACCGCGGCCCCUUCAUGGACAGGAACUACCCGAGCGCCGGCUUCGGGGACCCGCUCGGCGCCGGGGCGGGAUGGAGCUACGAGAGAUCCGCGAAAGCUAGCUUGGUAUAUGGAGGCUCCAGGACUUCCCACCCGGAGACGGACAUCUUACACCGCCAGGCUUAUGCAACCCCUCACCCACUUCAGGGGUAUGCGACCAACCAUCACCCUGCAGGGCUCUCAGGCUUGUUCGACACGGGCCUGCACCAUGCCGGAUCGGCCGGCCCAGACGCCUCGGUCAUGAACCUGAUCUCUGCCCUGGAGUCCCGGGCCCCGCAGCCGGGCCCUUCGGCUUCCUCCCUCCUGUCCCAAUUCCGAAGUCCAUCCUGGCAGACAGCCAUGCACACGCCCGGCCCCACGGAGCUGUUCAUCUCGGGGGCCCUGCCUGGCUCCGGGACGUUCCCGUCCUCCUCGGCUCUGUCCGCCUACCAGCACCCGGCCUCGUUCGGGGGCCGCCCCUUCCCGGUGCCGUCGUCCCUCAGCCUCCAGGACCCGCCCUUCAGCCCGCCGGCCAACGGGCUCCUGUCGCCACAUGACGUCCUGCACCUGAAGCCUUCCCAGGCCCCGACUGUGCCGUCCUCGCUGGGCUUCGAGAGGCUGGCGGGGGGUGGCGUCCUGGGGCCCGCCAGCCUGGGGCCUGCUCAGACUCCUCCCUACCGCACGGGACCGCCUGAGCCCCCCCCUCCGCCCCGCCAUCUCCCCACUCAGUUUAACCUCCUGGCCUCCUCCUCUUCCGAGCAGUCCUCCCCACAGCUGUACAACUUCUCGGGGGCCGCCCCGCCGGGCCCCCCGCCCGAGCGGGCCUUGCCCCGGCAAGACAGCGUCAUCAAGCACUACCAGCGGCCGGCCAGUGCCCAGCCCCCGCCCCCGCCGCCCCCGCCCCCACCGGCCCACUCCCUGCAGCACUACCUGAGCUGCGGCGGCAGCUACCCGCCCCCGGCCAUGGGCCACCGGGCCAGCCUGGCCUGCAGCCCUCUUGGCGGGGAGCCUUCUCCCGGAGCUGGGGAGGCGGCCAAGGGAGGUCAGGGGGCCGGCGCGGGGGCCACGGGAGCCGGGGGCCGGGCCGCGGGGCCCGAAGCUGGCCCCGGGACGGGGGGGCAGGGCGCCGGCGCCACAGGGGGAGGCUACCGCCCCAUCAUUCAGUCACCUGGUUACAAGGCGGCCAAGGGGGGUUACGGGGCAGGGGCGGGAACAGCUCGGCCCCCUCCGUCCCGAUCCACAGCCACACCUAAGUGCCAGAGCCUGGGGGGCGGGGGCUAUGCGACGGGGACCGGGAAGCCCAGCGGGGCGGGCAGUGGCGGGGGCCAAGCUUACUCGCCAGGCCAGCCCCAGGGCCUCCUGGGUCCCCAGGCCUACAGCCAGGGCUUUGGCGCCAGCCAGGCCCAGGACCUGAGCAAGGGGCCCGGCUACUCGGCGGGGCCUCCCCAGGCUCAGCCCGGCGGGCCCCCCCAGCAGCCUCCUCCCAGCCUGACCACCUGCCAAAGCUACUCGCCCGACCAGCUCCAGAGCCUUCCUUACGGGGUGCAGAGCGAAGGCUACCCCGGGCCCGCCCCCCACUCCCAGGGCCUGCCCACGGCCAGCCCCUCGCUCAGCUACAGCACAGGCCACUCUCCGGCCCUCUCGGGGCACGGGGGCGCCUGGGGCCAUACGCCGGCCUCCCUGGGUGGCGGCGGGGGCGGAGAGGCCAGUCCCUCCCACAUCAUUCGGCCCCUGCAGUCGCCGCCGGCCAGCGGGGGAGGGCGGCCCCCGGGGGUGGCCAGCCCCGGGGCCCCCGGCAAGUACCUGAGCUCAGUGUUGGCCUCUCCCACCUUCCUGGGCCCCCCUGGUGGGGCCGGGGGCUACCCCGGGGCGGGGGGAGCCGGGGGCUACAAGGGCAAAGCAGAUGGGGGGGAGCUGCUGGGGGGACCGGGGGCCGGGGGGGCGGGGCAGCGCACAGAGGAUGAGGAUUUCCUGAUCCAGCACUUGCUGCAGGCCCCCAGCCCGCCCCGGGGCUCGGGCCCCGACGGGCUGGUGGGCGAGUGCGAGGAGCCAAGGGGCGGCGAGGGCCCGGGCGGCGGGAGUGGCCCCAAGACCGCGGCCGCCGCGUACGACCUGGCCAAGGAGGAGCAGCAGCGCUACCACCUGCAGAGCGUGAUCCGGACGAGCGCCAGCCUGGACGACGGGGCCACGCUGGAGCUGGGGCUGGGGCGGCUCAAGGACAAGAAGAAGGCCACCAGCAGCGAGCGGGGCGGGGGCACGCCCGAGGGCCUGGCCACCUCUGUGGUCCACUAUGGUGCCGGGGCCAAGGACCUGGGCGCCUACCUGCAGAAGACUCCGCCCCCACCCGCCCCCGCCCCACAGCCUCCCCCCCACCACAACCUGCUCCUGGAGGGGGCUCCCGAACUCCCCCUGGUCCUGCCCCCGCCUCCCCCCCCGCCUCCCCCACAGCUCCUGCCCUCCGUGCUGAGCCAUGCACCCAGCCCCCCUGCCCCGCCGCCCGCCCCUCCGCCCCGCAAGGUGGGCGUGCAUCUGCUGGAGCCCGCCCCCCGCGACACCGGACCUCUCCAACUCGAGGCGCAUCUGCGGGCCCCCCCGGGCCUUGAGGCCUCCCCCAGUCCCCGGCUUCGGGCGGACGAGGGCCUGGAGGCCCCGGGGGCCAUGCAAGACCUACUGGGCGCCUUGGAGCCACUGCCCCCGCCCCCCGCUGAGGCGGGCGGCCCUCAGCCAGGGGAGGCGAAGGACCCUGCAGGGGCCUACCGAAGCCCCAGCCCGCAGGGGCCCAAGGCCCCGCGCUUUGUGCCCUUGACGUCCAUCUGCUUCCCUGAUUCGCUGCUGCAGGAUGAGGAGCGGAGCUUCUUCCCCACCAUGGAGGAGAUGUUUGGCGGGGGCACGGGUGACGAUUACGCCAAGGCGGGCCCCCCAGAGGACGAGGCCGACCCUAAGGGCGGCGGCGGCGGAGCGGCCCCCGCGGGGCCCGCAGCCUACGAUCCUUAUGCCCCUUACUGCCCCACCGGCCCCACGGGUGGGGGGCCCGAGCCCCCUGGGCUGGGCUUGGACCCCAGCAAGACGCCCGUCGAGCUGCCCUCCACGGUCAAUGCCGAGCCCCUGGGCCUGAUCCAGGCCGGGCAGCACCAGCCGCCGCCACCGCCUCCGCCACCCCCGCCGCCGCCCCCGGAGCCCAAGGGCGGGCUCACCUCGCCCAUCUUCUGCUCUUCCAAGCCCAAGAAGCUGCUGAAGACCUCGUCCUUCCACCUGCUGCGGCGGCGGGACCCCCCCUUCCAGACGCCCAAGAAGCUCUACGCCCAGGAGUACGAGUUUGAAGCGGACGAGGACAAAGCCGACGUGCCAGCCGACAUCCGCCUCAAUUCCCGCCGCCUCCCCGACCUGCUGCCGGACCUCGUGUCCAGUUGCCGCUCGCGCCCAGCCCUCUCGCCGCUGGGGGACAUCGACUUUUGCCCGCCGCCCCCCGGCCCCACGGGGCCCCGGCGCCGCGGAAGGAAGCCCACUAAAGCCAAACGGGACGGCCCGCCCCGGCCCCGAGGACGGCCUCGCAUCCGGCCCCUGGCCGAACCCCCUCCGGGGCCCCCGCUGGGGCCCCACCUUCCCGGCGGCCAGGCCGACGGAGCCAGGAAGCCGCGGGGCCGGGGCCGGGGCCGGGGCCGGAAGGCAGAUGAGCCCAGCGGCGAGGGGCUGGAGCCCCUGAAGCCCCUCAAGAUCAAGCUGGCCGUGCCCAAAGUGGGGGAGGGUGGCGGCCCCGUGGCGGGGGAGCCGGCUUCCUCGGGCCCCAUGGAUGGUGGCCUGGACUCCAGCCAGACCCGGGAGAAGAUCCAGGCCAAGAUCAAGGAGGUGGAGGAGAAGCAGCCGGAGAUGAAGUCGGGCUUUAUGGCCUCUUUUCUGGACUUCCUCAAGUCGGGCAAGCGGCAGCAGCUGCCCUCGGGCUCGGGGCCGCCCCCCAGCCCUUCCAAGGCGGGGCCCGGCCGGACUCUGGGGCCUCCCCCGGCGGUGGCGCCCCCGGCCCCAGCCCCGGCCUUCGGGCUCGGCGGGGCCCUGGAGGCGGCGGAGAGCGACGGCCUGGGACUCGGCUGCCCCUCCCCCUGCAAGCGCCUGGACGAGGAGCUCAAGCGCAAUCUGGAGACCCUGCCCUCUUUCUCGUCCGACGAGGAGGACUCGGUGGCCAAGAACCGCGACCUGCAGGAGAGCAUCUCCUCCGCCAUCUCGGCCCUGGAUGACCCGCCCGCCCCCAAAGACGCCGGGCCGGCCACCACUCCCGCCGCGGCCUCCAGCCCCGAGGCCCCCAUCUUGGAAGAGAAGCCGCCCCCGUCACCUGCUCCAUCUUCUCCUCCCUCGCCCCCUUCCCCACCACCCUUGGUACCCCCCGAGCCCACCUCCCCACCCCCUCCACCUCCUGCCAUCCCUCCCCUUGGCCCAAUCACCGGCUCCCCUCCGAAGUCCCCCCCAACCCCGGCCCCAUCCCGGGGAGCCCCAAUCUCGGCCCCUUGCACCAAGCCAAAAGCAGGGAGACAACGGGUGUGUGGGAGACAACGGCAAAGCAAGGGAGGAGGCCGGAGGCAACUUCGAAGAGGGGCAAGUUUGUCAUCCUUGGAGACAUCCCGGCCCCUCAAGUGGCGCCGUCAUCUGCCCGUCUCCCUGGGCAACUACAAGGGACUUUUGGGUCUGAGGAGACUCCCCGUGAGGCGGGUUAGGCCCGGGGACUGCAGCAGAAAUCCCAGUGUGGGCUCCCCAACCGGCGGAAGAGUCCUAAACUGUCCAGCUUGCCUGCAGGGGUCUGUCGGAGACCCCUCUGAGGAGCCGGAGCAUGGGCCCUCCCCCCCGCAGCUGGCCCUGCAGACAGGCCGGGAGCCGCCUCCCAUCUGGAGGGUGCAGAAGGCCCUUCUCCAGAAGUUCACCCCCGAGAUCAAGGACGGACAGAGGCAGUUCUGUGCGACCAGCAACUACUUGGGCUAUUUUGGUGACGCCAAGAACCGCUACCAGCGUCUCUACGUGAAGUUUCUGGAGAACGUGAACAAGAAGGAUUAUGUUCGAGUCUGCGCUCGGAAGCCAUGGCACCGGCCCCCGGCCCCUGUCAGGCGUCCGGGACAGCCGAAGGCCGCUCCGGUGCCAUCCGGGACGGUGGCCCCGGUGGGGGGGGCCUCCCUUCCCAAGCCCCCAGCUACUCCUUCAAAGCCAGAGCCCCCCGAGAAAGCCCCAGAGAAGCCCCCAGAGAAGGCUCCCGAGAAGCCCCCUGAGAAGCCCCCUGAGAAGCCCCCCGAAAAACCUCCCGAGAAAUCCCCGGAGCCAGCCCCAGAGAAAGCACCUCCUCCGGCCCGUCCUCCCGACAAAGAGCGGGCCCUGCGGUCGGAGCGGGUGACUCGGGAGCGAGGUUCACGGCCCGCCCAACCCGCGGCAGAGGCCGCCCCAGCCAGGCCCCCGCGCCCUCCAAAGGCCCGUCCGGCCAAGGUGAAGGCCGAACCCCCCCCGAAGAAGAGGAAGAAGUGGCUGAAGGAGGCGAGCGAACGUUCAGCAGCGGCCAGAGGCAGCUCCUCCGAGUCCGAGUCCUCCCCCGGGCCCCCCAGUGAGGAUGAGCGGGCGGCCCCCGGGCGGCUACUGAAGACGCGGGCCAUGAGGGAGAUGUACCGCAGCUACGUGGAGAUGCUGGUGAGCACGGCCCUGGACCCCGACAUGAUCCAGGCCUUGGAGGACACACACGAUGAGCUGUACCUGCCCCCGAUGAGAAAGAUUGACGGAAUCCUCAAUGAGCACAAGAAAAAAGUUCUCAAGCGCCUUUCCCUGAGCCCAGCCCUGCAGGACGCCCUACACACCUUCCCCCAGCUGCAGGUGGAGCGCGGCGGGGCCGGGGCCGGGGGGGCGGAGGGCGCCCCCGGGACGGGCUCCGGGGCCGUGCGGCUUCGGCCUGCCGGGGACCCCUACAACCGGAAGACCCUGAGCAAGCUGAAGAGGACCGUGGCCCGAGCCCAGGAGUUCAAGGUGGAGCUGGACAAGUCAAGCUUCUACACGCUCUAUCACGCUCUCCACCACUACAAGUACCACACCUUCCUCCGCUGCAGGGACCAGACGCUGGCCAUCGAGGGAGGCGCCGACGACCUGGGGCAGGAGGAGGUGGUGCAGCAGUGUAUGAGAAACCAGCCCUGGCUGGAGCAGCUGUUUGACUCCUUCAGUGACCUGCUGGCCCAGGCCCAGGCCCAGGCCCAAGGCCGCUGCGUGUGACCGGCCCUUGGCCGCCACUGGCCCUGCCGGGUUGUAGCCCUCCCCGCCCCCGCCCUUUCACUGUACAGAGAAAUUAUUUAUAUAUAUAUGUAUAAAUGUCUAUUUAGUCCCCUCCCUCCUUUGCCCUCCCCUCCUCUGCCCUCCCCCAUGUACAUAAUGUAUAGGCAAAGUCUAUGUCUGGGGGGCGGGCGCUGCUCCUUCCGAGACCUUUCUCAAGGGCCGCCCCUCGGGGCGUGGCGGGUGGGGCGGGGAUCCAGCUUGUUAAUUAUUUGUAAUCUUAUUUAUUGUACAUAGUUGGGGAGGGCCGGGGGAGGGGGCAGAGAGGGCUCGGGCUCCGGCCCCCCUUUUCUACAGCGCUUCGGUCCCGGCCGCCUCACUCGGUCUCCGUGUCGUCUGAACGUGGUUCUCUUUUUGAUCAGUCUGUCCCCCCCUCGUCUCGCUGUCUCGGGCUUCUAUACGAUUCACUUGUAUACACUGUGUACACACAGAUCCAGCCGGGCUCCCAAUCAGCAACCACUUUAUUUGCA